GCGACGAACAUCAGCGCUCUAGUGGCAAUACCUGACGUGAAAAACGUAAAUAUUGUUGUUGACGCGGUUGUUUAAGGUGUGGGAGGCGCUGAAAUGGAAUACCACUUUGGCACAAAUAAACGGAAAACUUUUCCGAACGCAAAUGAGGCAAAUGAUGCAACAAAUUUGAAAUACAAAAAGAAGUAUAAUGCUAUUAAAAGAGUAAUAAAAGAUUUAGUGUUUGAAAAUGCUGCCUUAUGCGACCAAGUCUCCCAGAUGCAGGAACAGAUCGUAAUUAGAAAGGAAGAAAGAAGAUUUUUGUUGAAGAAACUUUAUCAUCUGCAGACAAUUGCAGAAGCUGACAGUCAAAUACAAGCUCCAAAAACUCAGACUUCAGGUGUGAAUUCACCUUCUCCUGCUCUAGAAACAAACACCUCUGGGAAAAAAAUCUCAGGAAAGAAGAAAUCCUUAGAAAUUAUUGAGAGCUGGAAGGGCAGUCUGAAGCAAAAGAAGUCAAGUCUGAACAAAACAAAAAAGAUUGUACAACCUAUUCCAUUAGAUAUGACAGGAAGACCAGUGUUUCCAAUAGUUCUCGGAGGACUCACAGUGCAUAGUUUGGGUGAGGUUGUGUCUGAUAGACCUGAUUAUCAUACAGAAGAGUUCAUUUUUCCUGUGGGUUUUUGCUCAACAAGAGUUUAUGGGAGCCUUCUAGACCCAGAAAAGAAAUGUGUGUACACUUGCAAGGUUCUUGAUGGAGGAACAUUACCCAGGUUUGAAAUUGUGCCAGAUAAUGAUCCAGGAGCCCCUCUUGUUGGCAGCUCUGCAAGUGAAUGCCACUCAUUGCUAUUACGCCGCAUCAAUAUGGCUGUUGGAAUUGAUGUGGUCAACACCCAGGGCAGGGGCCCUGAUUUCUUUGGAUUUGCACAUCCAACGAUUCAGAAUCUUAUACAAAGUUCACCUGGCACUAGAAAAUGUUCGGCGUACAGAUGGAGCAAAUUUGAGGUUAAUCGGGCAAUUGAACCACCACCUGAGGAUAAUGAUGCAUCUCUCAGUUUUGAUGCUCUUCAGCGAAGCAUUGGCUUCUCCAAGACUGUUGUAAAGACUGAACCCUCAGAGCAGCUUUUACGGGAAUCAAGUGCUACUCUUAGAGAUUUAUUGAUGUCUUGAUGGAAUCUAAAUGUUUACAGAGAGAAUGGACAUUUGAUAUUCAGAUUAAAUGUCAAGAAAUAUUAAUUUAAAUAGUUAACUUUGUGUAUAUUACACAGUCAAUACAUCGGCAUUGUUCAUGACUGUACUCAAGAGUUAUGACAGGAGGCGAUGCAGUUGAAUCCUAAUCGCAACAUGCAUUGCAUGGUGUAAUUUAUAUCUGCCAUGUCCAUUAGCAUUAUGCAAGUGAUUGCAUAUAAUGAAAUAAAAAAGGGUUUUGGUGCUGUAAAUGUCAAAGGAAGAAAGUGCAAGCCAACAUUUACAUGAUCUGUGUGAAAUACAUAUGACUCUUAAUAGCAUCAGGGAACUACCUGUAUGUAUACAAAAACUGCUGUCUCUUGCCAACCUAAUAUAUACAGCAUGGAAAAGAGUGAUGAGUUUGUGAUUUUGUUGGUAAGGAACCAGAGAUCAUGAUUCGUGGAAAUGACAGAACAGCCAGGUUUUAAAGUAAGUUUGUGCUGGAAUACUAAGAUAACAGGUGAGAUGAAAUACAGGAGGAAACUUGAUGAGGAUACAGGAAGGAGUGACUAAGAGUAUUCCGCAAAAUGAAUAGAAAGAAGCAAAAAGUAAGUGCACGGAGGAUGAUUGGAUUAUGUAUAGAUGUUAAUUUCCGGUUGUGAAAAUAUAUGUUUAAGGUUAAUGACUAAAUGAUAUGUAUACACUCCACCAUCUUGUUAAUUUAUUCUUUUAUCAGCAAUUAAAUUUGAUUGGUUUUAUGGCUCAACAGAAUGUUGAAGCUAAUAACUGAUACUUUGUGAGUGUCUAUUGAAAAUCUAGUGAAGAAGUAUUACAUUACUUUACAUUACAUUACAUUUUUAUUGGUCCUUUUGAUCAUUUGUUGUACAAGGUGUACAAUAUGACAUUGGACAAGUCAUUGUGAUUUACAAUACAUGUUUUUAAAUCAUACAAGGAUAUUUACAUUGAUUUAGGCUUAAUAUUAUCACAACUGAAGGUUCAGCUUCCAUUCAUUAUAUUUAACCUUGGCAAUAAAUU